AUGGAUCAAUUUCAUAACAUUUUAUUACAAUGCUCUACCAAGACGAUAUUUGAGGGAAGUAAUUUGGUAACAACAUGGAAUAAAGAAAAAGAAAUUUGGAGAAAUACAACUCGAUCUUCAAAUUAUAAGUACCCUGAAUUAUCAGAUCCUAAGCUUGAUACAGAAAAGGCCUCAAAAUUAAGGAAGCCAAAUAUAUGUCAAGACCUAUAUUGGGCUGCCGAUGGCACAUCUAUUGUGGCUGUUAAUAGCGAUUAUGGAAUUCGACAAUAUCUUAUUCCUGAGAACUCUAGUGAUCAACAUUUUAACCAACAGAUGGUUCCAUUUACUAGAUUUUUUAGAUUUUCAUCAACUGUAAGCAGCGCUGUAAAUCCAAAAUACUCAUUAUUUAAUAAUACCGACACUAAUAUUAUAUUACUUUCAAGCAAAGAUUUACCACUUCAAGCUUAUUCAUUAAAUGAUGAACUUGACAGCACUUCUACUAAACCAUUACUUAGUUAUAAUGUCACCAAUGAUAAAAACGAGAAAUAUGAAACAGCAUAUAGCAUUAAAUUUAUUUCGCAAAAACAAUUUCUAACAGGUUCAAUAAAAAAUAAAAUUUCGUUAUAUGAUGCAUCCUAUAAAGAGCCAAUUUGGACAUCAAGACUAACAAACAGAAUAAUAGGGAAAUCAAGUCAUAAAUCUAUAGUUUCAUGCUUCUCAGAAUAUCCAUUUCUAGAUAAUACUCGUUCAGUAUUUCAUUUUGGAACUUACAAAAAUGAAAUUGGCUUAAUUGAUACUCGUAGUGAACAAAUAAACAUAAAAUAUAGAUCGAAAGAAGGUAAUGGUGUCUAUCAAAUAUUAAUGUCAGAAAAUGAACACUAUCUCUAUAGUAUUAAACGGAAUUCAAACAGUAUUGAUAUUUUAGACACCAGAAUGAACUGUUCAAUCAUCAACGAACUUCGACUACCUUUUACAACCGAUAAUCAAAAAAUGAAGGGUAAUAUAUGUAGUCAAAAUGGUAUGCUUCUUGGAAGUUUAAAUGGUAAUCUCAUCCAAUGGGGAAAAGAUAUGAUAGAAUUUGGAGGAAUUAUGUCUCGGAAUAUUGAUGAACUUCCUGGACCUGAGUUUACACAACAUUUAACUGACUACAAUGAUUUAAGAAUUAAUUUGGUUGUGUCAAAUCCUAUAGAAACGGAUCAAUUGGCGAUAUCAUAUUCUCCAGAUAAGUUUAAAGGUAAUGGUGAAAAUUCUGCAAACACUCAAAAACAUUUCAGUUCUGGUAUAUCAUUAUAUAAUUGCUCAUAA